AUGAAAAGUGGCUACAACAACCACAGCUGCAGAAAUAACCACAGCACCCGAAACAACCACAGUGCACCCCGAAACAACAGCCACAGCACCCGAAGCAAAAACAGCAGCGCCCCCCGAAACAACAACCAUGACAACCGAAAUAACAACCAUUGCAGCCGAAACAACCACUGCAGCCGAAACCACAACGGCACCCCACAAAACAACAACAGCAGCGCCCCCAGAAGCAACAACCACGGCACCCGAAACAACAACCACAGCACCCCGCACCCCAAAACACCAACCACAGCACCCGAAACACCAACCACGGCAGCAGUAACAACAACCACAGCACCCAAAACAACAACCACAGCCCUCGAAACAACAAUCACGGCCCCCGAAACAACAACUACUGCACCCGAAACAACAACCACAAUUACAGACAGAACAACCACGACACCUGAAAGAACUACGGCCCUCGAAACGACAACCACGGCACCUGAAACAACAACCACAGCUGCUGAAACAUCAACCACAGCACCCGAAACAACCACAGUGCCUCCCGAAACAACAGCCACGGCACCCAAAACAACAAUGACAGCACCUGAAACAACAACCGCAGCUGCAGAAACAACUACUCUUGUAGCCGAAACACCAACCACUGCACCCGAAACAACAACCACUGCUGCCAAAACAACAACCACAGCGCCCCCCAAAAUAACAACCACGGCACCUGAAACAACAACCACAGGAGCAGGAACAACAACCACUGCAGCCGAAACAAGUACAGCACCUGAAACAACAACCACUGCAGCUGAAACAACAACCACAGCACCCGAAACAACAACCACGGCCCCCGAAACAACAACCACAGCUGCAGUAACAACAACCUCUGCAGCCGAAACAACCAUGGCACCUGAAAGAACACCCACAACACCCGAAACGACAACCACUGCACCCAAAACAACAACUACCGCACCCAAAACAAGCACGACAGCUGCAGAAGCAACAACCACAACUGCAGAAACAACCACUGCACCUGAAACAACACCCACAGUACCCGAAACAACACCCACAGCUUCCAAAACAACAAUCACAUCAGAUCAAACACCAAGCACAGCUGCUCCAACAACAGUCACAGCUGCUGAAACUACUAUCACCGUAAUUCCAAAUUCAACAGCUACUGCAACAAUAACAAACACAGCUGCUACAACAACAACCACGAUAGCUCAAACCCAAACUACAACCGCACUUCCAACAACAGCCACAGUUGGCCCAACCAUAGCAACAGCUGUGCCAACAACAACCCCAUUUGUUCUAUCACCAACCACAGCUGCUUUGACAACAACAAAGCAUUUGCAAUUUCGAUCUGUUGGAGAGACAUUUACAGAUAACUUGCUGAAUUCAUCAUCUAUAAUGUUCAAAACUCGAGCCACACUGAUAGUGACAACACUUGAACCUUUCUACAAAGGAACAUUUCCUUCAUUUCGCUCAUUAAGUGUGACUCAAUUCAGAAAUGGAUCAAUCAUCAAUGACGUUAACAUUGACUUUGCAUCUACAUCAGUCCCUAAUAACACUCAGAUUGGAAAUGUUUUGAUCAAUGCAGCACAAAACAUAACAGCCUUCAACAUUACCACAGACUCUGUUGUUGUUAGUGACAUAGCAACAACUGCACCCCCCUCUGUCAAUACUGCUGUCGCUACGAGUGCAACUGCAGCUGUUACAAUAACAACAAUGUCAAUAACAACAACAAUGACUGAUGCUCUAACAGCCACAACUGCUCCAAUAACUACAGCUGUCGCAACAACAACCACAGCUGCUUCCACAACUAUAAUUACAGCUGCUGCAACAUUAACUACAACAACAGCAGGUCCAAAACCUGCCACAGUUACUGCAACAACGACCACAGCAGCUCCAACAAGUACAGCAGCUCUAACAACAGCCACAGCUACUACAAUUACAACACCUGCUCCAAGAACUACAACAGCUGCUGCAACUACAACCAUAGCUGCUCCAUCAACUCCAACAGCUGCUUCAACAAAAACCACAGCUGCUCCAACAAGCACUGCUGCUGGAACAUUUAGAACAGCUGCUCUAACAGCCACAACUGCUCCAAUAACCACAGCUGCCACAACAAUAACCACAGCUGCUUCCACAACAAUAAUCACAGCUACUGCAACAUUAACUACAGCAGCAGGUCCAACAACUACCACAGUUACUGCAACGACAACCACAGCAGCUGCAAAAAGUACAACAGCAGCUCCAACAUCUACAACUGCUGCUCCAACAAAAACCACAGCUUCUCCAACAACAAGCAUUGCUGCUCCAACAAAAACCACAGCUUCUCCAACAACAAGCACUGCUGCUGCUACAAAAACCACAGCUUCUCCAACAAGCACUGCUGCUGCAACAAAAACCACAGCUGCUCCAACAAGCACUGCUGCUGCAACAAAAACCGCAUCUGCUACAACAAGCACUGCUGCUGCAACAAAAACCACAGCUGCUCCAACAAGCACUGCUGCUGCAACAAAAACCACAGCUGCUCCAACAAGCACUGCUGCUACAACAAAAACAACAGAAAGAAGGACUACUUCAACAACAACAGCUGCUCCCAUACCAGUUGUUUUUCUUGCCGCAGUUGUGGUCAGACCCUAUCAACCUGAGCUUGCUGAUAAAAACAGUCCACAAUUUAAGAAGCUAGAGGCAGAAGUGAUACAAGUGUAUGAUAUCAUCUAUCAAGCACGAUAUGGCGCACUUUUCAUACGUGUUAUUGUCAUAGCAUUUAGACCUGCUGCAACGAGAACACGUGAGUCCAACACUGAAGUAGAGGUACAGCUUGUGUUUAACGAAACUGCAACGCCUGCAGAAAUUCCAAAGGCUGCAGAUGUUGCACAAACCUUAAUAGAGGCUGUAACUAAUUCCAACAAUACUUUCAACUUCACUGUUGAAACCACAUCAGUCCAAGCAUUCACAAUAAUCCCAACAGUUGCAGUCCCCACGGUCAAUACUACUGAUGUUGUAAACACAACUAUUGCUGCUACAAAUACAACUGGAGGUGUGAUAUUUACAGCUACCAAUGCCACAGUUACAGUUGCUUUAAAUACAUCGGUGAACACUCCAACACCAAUGAUGACUCCAGCUACAAACACAACCACAGUGACUCCAACAACCACCAAAUUUGCAAUAACUACAACUGCCGAGUCAGUUACAACAAAGCAGUUGCAAUUUCGAUCUGUUGGAGAGACAUUUACUGUUGACUUGCUGAAUUCAUCAUCUACAGCAUUCAAAAUUCGAGCCAAUUUGACAAUGACAACUCUUGAACCUAUCUACAAAGGAUUUUUUCCUUCAUUUCGCUCAUUAAGUGUGACUGAAUUCAGAAACGGAUCAAUCAUCAGUGUCGUUAACAUUCAGUUUGCAUCUACAUCAGUCCCAAAUAACACUCAGAUUAAAAACGUGUUGAUCAGUGCAGCAUCAAACAUAACGGCCUUCAACAUUACCACCAGCUCUGUUGUUGUCAGUGACAUAGCAACAACUGCCCCCUCCACUGUUGGUACUACUGCUGUUACAAAUACAACUGGAGGUGUGACAUUCUCACCUACCAGUACUACAAAUACAGUGGCUCCAACUACAGCUGUGAAUACUCCAAUAAAGAUGACGACUGCAGCUACAAAUGCAACCACAGUGACUCUUACAACCACCACAGCUGUAACAACUACAACUACUGAACCAAUAACAGAACUACUGCUACAAUUCAAAUCAAAUGAAAUAUUUAUACAAGACUUGACCAAUUUGACAUCUACGGCAUUUAAAAAUCGAAGCACACUGAUAGUGACAACACUUGGAUCCUUUUACAGCAGAGCAUUUUCUUCAUUCGUUCACUGAGAGUAAUUUUUUCAG